UAAAAGCAAUAAUAUAUUCACUGGGAAAUGGCCUGUUUUUGUCAUCAUUGUCUUGGUCUUGAUAAUUUUUACUGUUUAUCAAAUGUUUGAUGAGCCGGCAUUUACACCAUUAGUGUAUCCGUUCAGCCCCAUCUACAUACUUUUUUGGAUACCACCAUUUGGCUCCAAGACUCAAUACAACCUUGAUAAAUGUGGAGACUGCAUUGUUACUUACAAUCAAAAUGAUCUCGACAGAGCUGAAGCUGUAGUUCUUCAUUUCACUGAAGCAACAGAGCAACGAAUACCGGAUAAAAGCCGACGCAAACCAAAUCAAAUGUUUACUUUUUAUUCAAUGGAGAAUCCAUGGUCUGUGUCUGUAUUAAGAGGCAUGUCUUUUAAAGUGUUUGAUAAUUACUUCAACUGGACUAUGAGCUUUCGACGUGACUCAAACAUAUUUUACCCAUAUGUUGUAUGGUUUGAAGAAGAUGGUCUUUUUAACGGAGAUACUUCCAAGCAUUACUCUGAGCAGGUUGUUAAGGACAUUCUCUCUAAAAAACAAAGCGAUAUUUUAGCAUAUUGGCUAGUAAGCAACUGUGGUUUUACUCACGGUGCAAAAAUACGAAAAGUGUUGGUUGAAGAAAUGGAAAGUGCUGGUUUGACUAUAGAUAAAAGAGGAGCCUGCUUUGGAAAGUCCGUUCCCCAAGACCCCCAAGCAUUUGCUGAAAAAUUUAAGUUUUAUCUAGCGUUUGAAAAUGGAGUUCAUUGUAGAGACUAUGUAACUGAAAAAUUCUGGUCCAAUGCACUUAAAGCAGGACUUGUACCAGUUGUUUGGGGUCCAAAGCGAAAAGACAUUGAAGCACUUGCCCCUAAAGGUUCUUUCAUUUUUUAUGAAGAUUUUAAUUCUUCGGCAGAUUUGGUGAAGUACCUUCAAUAUUUAAACGCAAACGAUACCGCAUAUGCUGAAUACUUUAACUGGCGGUUAAAGCAACCCACCAUUGAAGAAUUUCCUUUGAUUGAAUAUAAAGGUUACAGGAGGAAUACAGGCAUGUGUCAGAUGUGUCGGCUACUGUGGCACAAAAGACUUUACAACAAUGUGAGUAAUGUUGUUGCUUCACUUGAGGAUUGGUGGAAGAACUCUGAUAAUCCAGAAUGCCUCAGUUCAUCUGUUAAACCACAUGACAAAUUUAAAUAGCCCAAGGAUUUUCUAUGUUGCAACAGUCUGUUUACUAUAUGACAUUAAACAUGUAGUUUUUUAACAUGGACAUAUUUCAGUAUUUUCUUCAGUUUUCAAAUUGCUGUUCAUUUUUGACUUAACUCAACCAAGUAUAACUAUAACAUUUACCUUGUUUACCAUUAUGGGUUUCCAUAUUUCAUGCUGUUUUAGUUGUAUCGAGGUAACGCUUACCUAAUCCAAUUCCAAAUCUGUAAACUACACUGCUGUUGAUAUGAUUAUGGUGCACAUAGCAAUAUUUAUACAACUUUAAGAGGCGGAGGGUUAUAUAAAUGUCUUCAUAUUUGUUUGUUUAAGUUCAUUUUCACGCUGUAAUUCUCUUUAUUACUGUUGAAAACUGCGUCAUUUAGUAGGAAUUAAUGUUUUCUAAAACAAUCUUUACAUUUGUAAUCGCAUUUUAUAUUUCCAUCUGAAGAUGCGUAAACAUAUUGACAGAAACACAUUAGAAAUUCAAAUCAUAAUGUAAACAAAAUUUUAACCUAAACACUUAACUGUUACAUUGCACUUUGCAUAUCUUUAUUAUUACUGUUUUAUGUUGCUUUUCUGUAUUUAAUUUUUACGUCAUGUAUAAUAUAUAUAUGCAAGUUAGCUUAAAAUUAUAUAUAUAGAAAGAAAAA